GAAAAUUGAGAGCUAAACUAAUAAAAGCCAACACCCACUGCUAGCUACUUCCAUUAUCAUAUUCCCUCUUCCUCUCUGUUUUAUCUUUUAGGUUUCUCACCCAAAAAUGGCUCUCAACUCUCUCUUCGUCCUCUUCACUCUGUCCAUUUCCUUCUUCGUUCUUCAUUUUCCUUCAGCUUCCUCACGCACUGUACCAUCUGAAACUGACGAUUUUGCUACUACUGAGCUUGAUGUCUCUUCCUCUCUUCACCGAACCAACCAAGUUCUCUCCUUCAUCUCAGGAUUUCUUGAAGAAGAAACAUACAGUACCCCCAGGUUCUCCUCUUCUUCUUCAUUCUCUGUCCAGUUACACCCUAGAGAUUCUCUGGUUAAUUCGCAGCACCAGGACUACAAGAGCUUGGUCCUGGCCCGACUCGCCCGUGACUCAGCUCGAGUCAAAUCCAUCACCACCAAGCUCCGGCUCGCCCUGAACCAAGCUGACAGGUCCGAUCUGUACCCGACCGAAUCCGAGAUCCUGCCUGAAGAUCUAUCCACGCCGGUUUCGUCUGGCACCAAGUUAGGCAGCGGCGAGUACUUCACCAGAGUCGGCGUGGGUUACCCGCCGAAGCCUUUCUUCAUGGUUCUCGACACCGGGAGCGACGUGAACUGGAUCCAAUGUAAGCCCUGUACGGACUGCUACAACCAAACCGACCCGGUUUUCGACCCGGCUGCUUCAUCUUCGUACAGUCCUCUCACCUGUAGCUCGCCGCAAUGCCAGCAACUCGAAACGUCUGCUUGUCGGAGCAACAAGUGUCUCUAUCAGGUUUCCUACGGUGACGGCUCUUUCACAGUCGGAGACUAUAUGACGGAAACGGUGUCGUUUGGCAAAUCCGGGUCAGUGAAUCGCGUUGCUAUUGGUUGUGGCCACGACAAUGAGGGGUUGUUCGUCGGAGCCGCCGGGUUGAUUGGCCUUGGCGGUGGUCCUCUGUCGCUUACAUCUCAGAUCAAAGCAACGUCGUUCUCCUACUGCUUGGUUGACCGCGAUACGGACAGAUCGUCGACUCUUGAGUUCAACUCGCCCAGACCCUAUGACUCAGUAACCGCCCCGUUACGGAAAAGCCAAAAGCUCGAUUCAUUUUACUACGUUGAACUCAUCGGGGUUAGUGUCGGAGGUAAAACAGUCCGUAUCCCUCCGUCUACAUUCGCUUUGGACCAAUCAGGAAGCGGCGGAAUAAUCGUCGACUCAGGCACCGCCAUAACUCGGCUCCAGUCUGAUGCCUACAACGCGGUCCGUGACGCGUUCGUGAAACUGACUCGGAACCUGAAACCCGCCAGCGGGUUUGCUCUGUUCGACACAUGCUACGACUUGUCGUCGCUGAACUCAGUGAAAGUGCCGACCGUGUCGUUUCAGUUCAGUAGUGGUAAGUCGUUAGAGUUGCCAGCGAAGAACUACUUGAUUCCGGUGGACUCAAAGGGGACAUUCUGCUUCGCCUUUGCUCCGUCGUCGUCGUCUCUGUCGAUCAUCGGAAACGUGCAGCAACAAGGGACACGUGUCACCUUCGAUCUCUGGCUAACUCUGUAGUGGGUUUCUCAACCAAUAAAUGUUAAUUGCCUAUUUAGGAAUUUUCGAUAAAAGCCUGUUUAUUAAUGGCGGAAAGCAAGAAAAUUAGGUAUGUUCUGGAUUUUGGAUUUGCUGCGUCUGAAUUGGGAACCCUUCGCGGGUAAGAAGGAAUCUUUGUAUUUUGGUUCGAGUGAAUUGAAAUUUGGAAAAGAAAACAUAUUAUGACAUUUGAGAUGUGUGAGUCAGUGGCAUGAAUGGUAAAUUUGAGUAAUUUUGGAACCUAUUACAGUACAUGUACGGCCAAAAUGCAGUGAUGUGAUCGAAUGUAUGUGUCGUGGCCGACCACGAUAGAAUUAUUUGA